CAAAAAAAAACAAAAAUUCAUUAUUGAGUUUGAAUUACAAACCAGAGUCGACUUUAAUUUUUAUCGUGUGGUAGAGGAGAACAGGUUACGAGUUCAAAUUGCGACAAAGUGAAAAACACGAGAUGUCCGGCCGGUUUUACGCACAUGCUUUACCGACCAAAGAGAGAACUCACGAGAAUAGAACUUGUCCCAGAUCUUUAGUUCUCGGUGCGUAAGAAACAAAAUGGGUGGAUCUGAAGUUUCAAGAUCAGAGGAGAAGAGCGGUCUAGGUUUCCUUAAACUGUUCGAAAAUAAUGUUGCAUUUUCAGGAUUUUUGGUCUGGAUGAAUCAAACAAUUCAAGAGCCUCUCAAGGCUGAGUUCAAGAGAUUAAGGAAUGUUAAAGAGCUAAGCUUGAUUAAGUCAGUGUCAGAGAUAGAGACUACUUAUGAGAAGCAUAGAGAUGAGGAGAAGUUAGAGAAGCAACUACAAGCUUGGAGAGAUAACCCUUCAUGGAUCGAUCAACCUCCUAAAGUGGUGGUGAAAUCACAAAAUGGUUUGUUUUGCCAUUUGAACAUUGAAGUAGACGUAGGAUUGCCUCCUGAAUCAGUGUACAACAUUUUCACUCAUCCAGACAACAAAAAAUACUUCAAAAACAUCAAGGAAAACAUAUCGAGAACAGUUUUGAUCGACGAAGGGCUAAAGCAGACCGUGGAGGUGAAGCAAGCCGCGGCGUGGAAGUUCCUUUGGUGGGAUGGUACUUACCCUAUACAUCUAAUUGUCGAAGAAGACCGAGAAAACCUAACUUCAAGUUAUAAGCAAGAGAAAACAAUGUUCAUGAAAGUAUUCGAGGGAUGUUGGAAAGUGGAGCCAUUGUUUAUAGACGAACAUUUAUGUGACCGCUCAAAGCCAAAAACUUUAGAAGAUUACCACAGUUGUAGCAACGGACGAGGAAGGGUUGGGUCGAAGGUGAGAAUGGAUCAGAUGUUCCAACCUUCUGCUCUUCUUACUCCACCGCCGCUUUCUUGGUAUAUACGUGGGAUCACCAUUAAAACAACAGAGAGUAUGAUGGAAGAUCUUUUCGCUGAAGCUACUAGACUCCGGGGAGGUGGAGGAGGAGUAGGCCAUAUUGAUGACCAAAAAGGAGAAAACAGUGUUGUAUUGGAGAAAACCAAAACUGUGGAUAUUAAGGAAAGAUGGAGAUUGCGUAGGAGGAAUAAAGGGAUAAGAUUUACAAAUGCUAGGACCAUGUAAUUAAAAGAGACUAUAAUUUUGGAAUUUCUUGAUUGUUCUGGAGAUUUGGAAUACAAGUUCCCCAAAAGUUCAAAUCUAAAGGAAAACCCUCUGUUUUUUUACCACUAACAGAAACUGCACGUUUCUUAUAGGAAGAAAAAAAAAUGCUUAAAAACUCUCUCAUAUAGUAGUUUCCUUCGACACAUUUUGAUUGAAACUCUCUUAUGUACGUUUAAAACGCGUGUGCUCUUCUAUUGAUUUGUUUUCUUCUUGUCA